AUGGCAGGAAAGUUGCGGUUCUUCGGUAGCGAUCUCAGAAUUAUCGCUGAGAAAUUCGAUGUAAAAGAUAUAUGCUUUACCGACCAUCUAAGAAAUCAAUAUAGUAUAGACGUUAGUGGUGCACUUAAACUAAAGUUUACCCCAUCGGGGGGUGACUCAGAAGAAUAUACAUUAGCUGAGUUGAGUAAUUGGAUAAGAGAUUUAUUUAAGGUACGAGAGGAUAAUACACCUACUCUUCCUAAGAGUUUUAUUCACACUAGUGACAUAACAAGUUGGUGGAAUAAUGCUUUUAAUAAUUUUGCCUCUACUCAAUAUUAUAAAGAUAAAAAUUAUACAGAGUGGAAAAGAGAAGCCUUGCAGCUUAUAGGAAGGGAUUUAUUAGAAUGCAUUAGAAGUCAAGAAUGCGAUCCGUCUUUUAAUAAGAGAAAAAAUAUAGAUGAGAAUAAUAUAACAAUAGAAAAUUUUAUAAAAGAGAUUGAAGAAAGUUAUGGGUUGAGGUUUUGUGCCCAUCAUAUAGAUAGCAAAUGGAAUGAUGAAUCUAAACAAUCUCUAUACACAAAGUAUACAGAUAGGAUGGACAUUAUUCUAAAAAAAGAUGAGAACGAAGCUAAAUCUUGGAAAUAUUAUAUAUUUCCAAAAAAAAAUCCUAUACAAGAAAUAAUAAGGAUAAAAGAUUUAGCUGACGUAAUAGGAGAUGUCUUAAGGGAAGAAUCUCGAAAAGAAAUCAUUAUCCCCAUAGGUAGCACAUUUGCCAAACUAGAUGGUAGUAAUAUAACAGAUGAUAUAUCAAAUAAAUUAAUGUGUCAUCACACUGCACAAAUAUGUGAUUUUUUAAGUGAAUUAGAUACACAAUACAAUGUGUUUGGCAUAGAAGAUUAA